AUGCUGGCAGGCAAACGGGAAAGAGCCAGGACGAGCCACGGCGGGCGCCGAGAGCAACGGAGCGCCGAGAGGCCGCCACAGACGGACAGAGCGGCGAGCCGCGCGGUGGUGGUGGUGGUAUGGUAUUUGAGGGCGAAGAGCGGCGGUUUCGAAGGAAGGAAAGAGAUGCGGUGCUCGGAGAGGGCCGGUACUGGUCUGGCCGACUGGUCUGGCGGGCUGGUGAUGGCCAACUGGUAUGGCCGAGGCAUGCGAUUCGAGAUGGACGGAUAUCCAUCGGUCGCCGAGUCGCCCACUGCAUCAGCGCCAGGCCCCUCCACCGGCGCAGACAGCCUUCACCCGCAGCAGAAACCCACCGCCAGCCACCCAGGGAGGAACCGUGGGGUCCUGGCGCCGGGGCCGUGUGAGGACGGCGUGGCGGCUGGGUGCCCGCAAGAGCCGCCACUGGGGCGCCACGGGCUUGUGCGCUGCGGACCCGAGACUGUGGAACAGUGGGGCAGCCGCGACGGGUGUGGCCGGGGUGUGGCAGCGUCCGGCAGCGAGUGCGCCGGGGACAACGCGCCGGCCCACGGCACACAGCGACCGCCACACAAGGUCGGGUCGCAGGCAAGGGCCAGCCGCGCGGCACAGGGCCGCACAGGGUCACACGGCGGCGCGGCGGCGCAGGGAGUCUCGUGCCGCGGGUGUACUGUCUGUCGGCCAGACGCCCCCUCGCUGCGGCCCAUGCCGCCCACGCCCUUUCCUUUUUUCUCUGCCCUCGCCGCGCCCGCGCCGCUGCUGCGCACGGGCCGCCGCCUUCUCGUCUGCAGCCGGAUCGACGGGGGCUCGAACCGGCGUGCUGCGGCUCUGUGUCUCGCGUCGGGAUUGGCUGGCUGA